GAUAGCAAACCUGUGCAAACAGUGCGAAGUUACCGGGAGAAACUGCAGCAGGCCAUCGGGGAAUCCGGUUAUCAGAAGAAAGGCAGGUUUCCCUAUCAACUAACAGUAUUAGCGGGAUAAGAUGGGCAAGAAGAACAGGAAACAGCAGACGGAGACGGUGGCCGCUGUCAUCGAUGAACCUCCGGCACUCAUUGAUCCGGUGGAGCACUAUCCCCAGGAGGAGGACACCAGUACUGAGGUUUUCCUCUGGCUGCUGGCCUACAGUGUCCUCAUGUUCACGCUGCCCUUCUUGGGCUUCUACGGCGUGCGCAGUUGGCUGCAGGAGUCGUUUCCCCAUCUGGACGUCUUUGCGGUCAACUGUUGGUCUGUUCUCACAGCGGUUUUGGUCGUAAAUCUGGUGGUGGCCAUGUAUGUGCUAAAGGCUUUCCGCGAGAAGCCGCCACCACCUUUGGAGCAGGUCCAGCAGGAUGAGGAUGAAGACUUUGAAGCGUUAGAGCCCAAGAAGGAGCAGUAACUCAAUAGACCACAAGCUCCACUUGUAAACCACUUAAGGAUGAAGUUAUCCAAAAAAGACAAUUUUAAAACUUUCUAAUCUUGAAAACAACCCAAUUCCCAAUCUUCUUAUAGCUUUGGCACAGCAAAGAAGCCAUCUGUAAAAUCCUUAAAGGUUCAGUAACUCUUUACUGCCCAAAAUAAAUUUAACUUUGACACACUUUUAAA